AUGCCCAUGCUCUAUGGAGAAUGCGAGAAGGCCUUCCUCCGCCUCCAGGAGGAGAUCAUGAAGCAGUCUGACGAUCAAUCCAUCUUCGCAUGGACAGAUCCCGAUGCAUCUCGGGAUUCGCUCCACGGUCUCUUAGCCCCGUCGCCAGCCAUGUUUGCCGGCUGCGCCAACAUCCUCCCGUACCAAGACUGGGAGCCACGCCAGCCCUACACGAUGACGAACCGCGGCCUACAGAUCGAGCUGCCCCUGAUGAAGGAAGAUGACGACAUCUACGUCGCUGCACUGAAUUGCCCAAGUCCUCCAGAUUACAAAACCUUCAGCUUUCUCGCAGUUACAUUCGGCGUCUCUCAUCUAAAAGUCACCGAUGAGUCCAUGUACCGCAUCGCCAAUAUCAUCGAUGGUAACCAACCAACGACAGCUCCUCCGCUGGCUACCUCUAGUCGAGAGGUGGAAACAACCAACAUUCCACCAUGGUUCCGCAAAGACUUUGCGCUUCAAAAAAGAGGCAUGUCGCUAACUGCGCUGGUAAUACUUGCACCAGUCAAUGCCGAUGGAGGGGUCAUUGUCGCGCUCGGGACAGGCACAUCAUUUGAUGUCUGCUUUGAUGCUUUUGACGUCACGCGCCUGGAGCCACUGGGUGCUACAAGUUUACAGGCUUUCGGAGAAAGAUUUCGGUCAUCAGGGGGACGUCCUCCCGGGACUUGGGCUGAAUUGACUGAACAUCGGGUCUGUGUGAAGGUGGAUCAUCAAGUGCACAACGGAGCUAAAGAUUAUCUGGUUGAUAUCCAAGUCAAACGGGGAUAUGGCAGAUUCAGCGCCGACGCCGAAUGCUGCAUUUCGCCUGGGUGA